UAAAUUUUAGGCUUCUCAUUUUUGCUGAGCAUCAGGUGAAAAUAUAUUUUAACGAGUAUCGACAAGCAGUGGUUGCCAAGGCAGCAGUUUGUUAAGCGCGCGGUGCUUGAGGAGGAGCACACAAUAGCUCUGUUUGGAGGUCGACAUCAAUAAUUUAUCCUGUUGUUAGCAUUAUUUUGGGGUAAAAUGGAAAUUGCGCAGAAGCUGGACGCUUUACUGAGCAAAAAUUUUGCUCUUCCUGUUACGGAGAGACUGGCGUUGGACCACUUUGUGCUGGACAGAGAAGAUUUUGAGACUAAAUUGCGGGAUGCUGAGAGGGAGAUCAAAGAAGAGUGCUCAACUUUGGAAAAAGAGGCGGCGGAGCUUGAAAGAGCUGCAGACACGGUUUUGCGAAAGUUUCUGUUUGAAAUGGAAGAACCAAGUCGAGAAAUUAAAGGUUUUUUGAGCCAAAGUUUGUCGGUGCGAAAUUUCGCUUUGGUGGCGGAGACGGUCGAGGAGGACGAAGAGUUUCGGAAGGAGUUGAUGCGCAACGAGAUGUAUGUGUCCGUGACGAGGUUCAUCGCGUUCAGCCCUUGGGAACUAAUGAGCGACAGCGAGUUGGCCGAAAAGCAGCACAAGAGUCCACUCGACCUGCGCAGCUUCAAGAGCAUCGCCGAGGGUUUUCAGAAAAUGCUGAGCGACGUGGCACGCAGGGCGUCGGACGUCAACUCAGGGGCGCCCGCCGGCUCGAUCAGCCGCUCCAUAUUGAGCCCUGACGAGUCGCAGGCACUCGCCCUUCUUGAAAACUGCGACCAGGCAUGACGGAAAUUUUCAUAGAACCAAACUAGUGAUUUUAUUUAUUCAAUAAUUCUGAAAGUGGAUAAAAUUUGAAGAAUGACCAU